AUGGUUAGACGUUUUACCUAUAACUAACUUGUUCAUUUUCUAGGGAAAUUUUGGCGAAAGAUAAAGAAACGUGAAGACAAUUUCAAUUUCACCGGACCCCAGUGGAACAAGUUUCCCGCGCUCGGCUGAUCACUAGAUGGACUGUUCAAGAUGGCGGCUGGAACGAAAGUGACCUCGCGUGUCAUAGAACAGUUUGUCAAUGUUACAGGCGCCUCUAAAGAGAUAGCAAGAUCAAUGCUGGAAGCCUGUAAUGGAAACUUGGAAAUGGCAAUCGAAAUGCACUUGGAUUCGUGCGAAGUUCCCGAAUCAGAAGUCUCGGGUGCCAGUUCUUCCGCGACGAGAUCAAAUUUGGCAGCUGGGUCUUCAAAUACUUCUAAUCAAAAUGUUGAUGAUGUACGAGCUCCUAUUCCCCAGACCCGUGGUAUUUUAGUGGAACCAUUUCAAGCAUAUCCAACCAGAAAACGACAGGCAAAAUCAGUGUUUGAUGCAUUCCGAGAUUUUCAAGCUGAAGCAAGACAACAAGGUGCCAGCACUUCCUCUGUUAUGACAGGAAAGAAGAAGACACUACAUGAUUUAUUCCGCCCACCAAUUGAUCUGUUACACAAAGGAACAUUUGAGACUGCUAAGGUUGAUGGCCAGCAUCACAGCAAGUGGCUGUUAGUGAAUGUCCAGGAUGUGAGAGAAUUCUCUUGUCAACAGUUAAACAGAGACGUGUGGAGUAAUGAGGCAGUGAGAAAUAUUAUCAAGGAACGCUUUGUUCUUUGGCAGGUUUACAGAGACAGCAAUGAGGGAGAUCGCUUCAUCCAGUUUUACCAUGUGACGACGUAUCCUUAUUUAGCUGUUCUUGAUCCUAGAACAGGAGAGAAACUGGUAGAGUGGGGUUACAUGGAUGCCCAAGCAUUUUGUGAAUGUGCAGCAGAAUUUCUUUUAGAACAUCCGUCACUUGAAGGAGAUACCCCUCCAGCCAAGAAAAGAAGAAGUGAAUCUAUUGUAGAUGCCUCUGAAGAUUCUCAGCUUCGUGCUGCCAUAGCAGCGUCAUUACAGUGCACCAAAUUUGAAACCAAAAAUGACCAAAAUAGUGAUGAUGGUGAUGAUGAGGAGGACUUUCAGGACUUGGAAUUUAGUGGUUCAGAUUCUGACGAGGAACACAAAACACCAGCAAAGAAUGUAAACAAUUCAAGUGCUGUUCAUAAAAAGGAAGUGAAAAGAGGAAUAAACUUUAAUGAGCCUUCUGAUAACAGUGAAGGAACUUGUAACAAUGGGAAGAAAUUGCUAGAAAGUGAACACUUGAAAAAUAAUGAUUCAGCGAAGAAGAAAAAUUGCACAGGAAUUCAAGAAAAUGCGCAAAAUAAUUUGGAGAAAAGAGAAGAGGUUCGGCAAACUGAAUCUAAUGCUAAAGAAACAGACAACUCUUCAAACCUAAGAACACAAGAACAGGCAGGACCUCUGUGUAAUAUUAUGGUCCGUUUUCCGAAUGGCUCUCGUACCCACAUUUCUCUGAGUGCCGAGUCAUCUUUAAAGGAUCUCGUCUUGUUGGUAGAGAAAGAGGGUUUCCCCAAUGAACGCUACGAACUCGUCACCAACUUUCCACGGAGGAAACUGUCCAGCCUGGAUUUCGGGACGACUCUUAAAGCUGCGGGACUUUUCCCGCAAGAAACAGUUUUUGUUCAAGAAAGAUGACGAGAGUGUUAACACGAUCACCCUAGAAAGAGCGCGAUGCGAUUAGAUCAAGACGCGGACAGAUCGCGCCUACAAAGAUAGAGCAAACAUGGCCGACUAAUAUAAAGUAACCGUACACAGGCCAUUAUGCGAUUAUCAUCACAAUUUAAAUGUUAAAUGACAAGACAUAAAUGAGUGCGCGAGUGUUGUGUUUCAGUUAAAGAUGUACAAAGAGAGUAGGUCAUAAAGAAAUAUAUGGUCGCCAAAUUAAAAAUGCUCAUUUUUGAUCACUAA